CUCCUCAAUGUUACUCAAUUGCAAGAUUUUAAAGAGAUUGGCCUAUUUUUUAAACAAAUCAUCCUUUGCUUUCUCCUUUUUCAAAAUGUCCCAAAAUACUGAUAUUCCGUAAAAAUCUGAAUGAGGAGGUUCCACAAACUCCUAUUUACCGUGACUUCAUGCAGCUCAGCAACCAACAACGAUAUGAAAAUUAUCCGAUUCAAUACCCAUAUGUUCAACCCCCAUCUGAUCCAUUCCUGUUCAAUCAACGUGACAUGUAUUCUUCCCCAAGACCUAUGUUUAAUCCUGUUCCUGAACUCUCAUUUGGUAUCGGUCAGAAUUUACCUCCAGAGGGAUACAACGCCAACUCUAAUAGGGCAACCAUUCCUUCAACAAGAUAUCUGAGAACUCGUCGCACAAGGGCUAGCUACAGGCGAGGAAGGAUGCCAAUAUUUCGUGGAUCGUCUUCACAUUCAGGCAGAGCGGCCACUGAAAGAGAAUAUGAGACAAAUAACCAAUACCAAAAUGCUCCAUGGAGUAGUUAUCCAGCAAGAGAUCCACGGAGAACACCAAUUCCUAACAGUCUGUAUGAUCCAAGCUAUGCUGAGAAUGGUCUGCCGGUGGAUCCUUUCUUACGCGCUAUGCAGUUGAAUCCAAACUUCAGCAACAGUAGAGGUAACAACUAAGGAACAAACUGAGCUGGCUAGAGAUUUGAAGAUUCUUAUGCAGAAGAAAUGCCAGCUCGUGAUGGAAACUUUUUAUUUUUGUUUUGUUAAGUUUUGUUAUUUUCUUUGUUGGAAAGUGAGGAGGUUUGAGUGGUGGAAUUGUCCUGGUUGUGCUUGUUUGGAAAAGUUGUUUGGUGAAUGACUAUCUUUUUAUUUCUCUUGCAUCUUUUGGAUCUCUUACAUUAUGAUCUAAAGAUUUCUUUUGAUCAAAUUGAAAAUUUUAUGAGAAAACGUGAAAUAAGU